CGAUUAUUACCUUGAAAGAACUUGCUAAAUCACAAUGAUAACGAACCGCAAUCUCCAGCUGCAAGAUAGAGGUCCAUAGAAUGUCUUUGUCAACGCUGAAUUCCGCAAUCAGCACCUUCCGGACCGCUCGCAUCGUCGCGAUCCGUGCCCUGCAUCAAACCGCCUUUCGAUCGGCACCGGACCUCAACUCUGCACCCACCGCUUCAUCGUCCGCUACUUCUGGUUCGGCCGGUGGACUGAGUGCUGGAGAGAAACUUGGUGAGAUCCUGUUGGAGUCGUUGAGGAAAUCGGAGGAGUCGCAGGCCAAGUCUGCUUCGAACAACGCGGGAUCUGGAGCUUUGUAUGGCAACGUGGUUCGACAAGCCGAGUACCGGCCAUUCUCUACGAAUCAGACUUACAGCCCGACCCGACUCGUUUCCGACUCUCUUUUCCGCACUCCUCCUAGACCUCCUAGACCCGCCUAUCUUGGACCUUCCGCUCCCAAAUCUCGCCAAUCUGAUCCGUUCCACAUCCUCUCCGUCAAUCCGGUCAACGAAGCUAUCAACGCCGACCUCGUCGGGAGCUACCUGACGCAAAUGGGCAAGAUCAAAUCGCGAGCAGAGACGGGACUCACUUGGAAGAAUCAGAGGCGGGUCGGAAAGAUGGUCAGACGUGCUAGGGCGAUGGGUCUCGUCAGCCGGUGGAGUGACCAGGUCCAGAAGGUUGCGGAGAAGGCUCCCGAGAAAUGAUUAGAAUCGUUUCAUGUUGUCUAUACAAUAAUUGACUGCUCGA